GGCCAGACAGGCAGAUGAUGGCAAAGUAGAGUUUACAGAGCUUUUGUGACAGAAGUCUUUCUCUGGCAGGAAAGUCUUGGGAUGCUCACGGGAUAACAAUAACAGGGAUUAUCUCAUUUUAAUUUGCACUUUUUUGGGCAACUUUAAAAACUUUCUCUUUUUGUAUUAAUGAUUUUAAAGAUGGUGUCCAAGUUGACAUCUCUUCAACAGGAACUUCUGAGCGCUCUCCUCGACUCGGGAGUUACCAGAGACGUCCUUCUACAGGCAUUGGAAGAUAUGGACCCUAGCCCGCUGUCGUUUGGGGUCAAAAUGGAGAAUCUACAGGGGUCCCCUAAACUGAGUGGUGAGUCGGAUGCCAAGCCUGUAUUUCACACGUUAACCAACGGACACGGCAAAAACAGCAAGCAGUCCGGGGACGAAGGCUCAGAGGAUGGCGACGACUUUGAUACGCCACCGAUUCUCAAGGAGUUACAAUCACUGAAUACAGAAGAAGCGGCGGAGCAGAGAGCCGAAGUGGACAAGAUGCUCAACGAGGAUCCUUGGCGUGCGGCCCGCAUGAUUAAAGGAUACAUGCAACAGCACAACAUCCCGCAGCGUGAGGUGGUCGACGUAACCGGGCUCAAUCAGUCACACCUGUCGCAGCAUCUCAACAAAGGAACCCCGAUGAAGACGCAGAAGCGCGCGGCGUUGUACACCUGGUACGUGAGGAAGCAGCGGGAGAUUUUAAGACAAUUCAACCAAACAGUGCAUGGUCCUGGGAGCAAUAUGGCAGACAAAGGCAAUCCGGAUCAGAUGAUGUUUUUCUUUCCAGAGUUCAGUCAACAGGGCCAAGGUCUGGGCCAGCCUGGGGCCAGCGACGAGGCUGGAACAGAACCUUCUAACAAGAAAAUGCGGCGCAAUCGAUUUAAAUGGGGGCCUGCAUCUCAGCAAAUACUGUACCAAGCCUAUGAAAGGCAAAAAAACCCGAGCAAGGAGGAGAGGGAGACCUUAGUGGAGGAAUGCAACAGAGCUGAAUGUCUACAGCGAGGUGUGUCUCCAUCAAAAGCUCACGGUCUGGGAUCAAAUCUAGUGACUGAAGUUAGAGUCUACAACUGGUUUGCUAACAGAAGAAAGGAGGAAGCCUUUAGACAGAAACUGGCAAUGGAUGCAUAUACUGGUGGGGCAUCUCACAGCAUGAACACCUUGUUGACCCAUAACUCUCCACAUCAGGCACAGUCCAGCUCCUCUCCUACUAGCAAGAUAUCCGGAGUCAGGUACAGUCAACAGGGAGCCAGCGAGGUCACUUCCUCAACGACCAUCAGUCACCACGGUAACAACGCCAUGGCAACCAGCCAGUCAGUUUUACAACAAGUGUCUCCGGGUGGUCUGGACCCAAGCCACAGUUUACUGUCACCUGAUGCCAAGAUGGUUUCUGGAGGAGGUCUGCCUCCUGUCAGCACACUGACGAAUAUCCAUGGUUUGUCUCAGAACUCACACCACAAUCCGCAGACACAAAACCUCAUCAUGGCACCCUUGACUGGAGUAAUGGCUAUUGCACAGAGUUUAAACACAUCGCAGGCUCAGAGUGUCCCAGUUAUUAACAGUGUUGCUGGCAGUCUCACAGCACUCCAACCUGUCCAGUUCCCACAGCAGCUGCACAGUCCCCACCAGCAGACCAUCAUGCAACAGUCCCCUAGUCACAUGUCCCAGCAACCCUUCAUGGCCACAGUUGCUCAGCUGCAAAAUUCACACAUGUACUCACAUAAACAGGAGCCCACGCAGUACUCCCACGCCUCCAGAUUCCCAUCUGCAAUGGUGGUUACAGACGCAAGCAGCAUCAGCCCGCUUACCAGUUUGUCCUCCAGUAAACAGGAUGCCACAGUUAACAAGAUGAUGCAACUCGGGAGUCUUUCCUGGUGUCCUUUACAAGCUUGGUGAUGCUAUACGCCUUACUUCCUGGACUCUCAGAUGAAAACUUCCUCUCCUUAGUUUGUCACGCUGGAAUAUAGGACAGCCCUUCAUUGAUGAAAUCAGAGGAAUAUGCAAUGUGUUUGUCCGCAUUGAAAAAAAUGAAAUAGCUUCGGGGACAACAAGGAUAAAGAGGGUUGCAGGAGAGAAAUUACUGGUUUUAUUUUUUAAAACCACAUAGAACUUUGUAUCUAUAAGCAGAGGGUGAACAAUAAACUGACUGACUGUUUUGUACUGAACUCCAAAAACAGUAUUUCUAUUUUAUAUUUGUUGAAUACACCCAGACUUUUAUGUGCUAUGCCUGCGUUUUCCAACAGAACAAAAUCUUAUAGGACAUCAGGAUGGACAAAUCUGUGAUUAAACCAACCAUUUUUGGAAGACAAUCUGGAGCAUCUGCUACUGAGCAAGUGCCACUCUGUCACUAGGACACCAAGCUCUGCUGUAUGCUAGCUGGGAUGGGAAGGAACACAUUUGACUGAUUUGGAUUGGAAAAGCUGGCUGUUGAAUACGUCCACGUCCAAUGUAAAAUACGACACCUGAGCCAAAGACUUCAGCCAACCGUUUCUUGUCAGUUGCCAAGGGAAUGACAAUCACAGGAAAUCGCUUCAUACAAGAUGGCUACAGUGACAAGUUAGAAGGCGUGAUGAUAAACGGUCUGGGACAUGAGGACAUGCACAUUUUAAAUAUUGUAGAUAAAGAGUAUAUGUGUUCACAUUGUAUCUGAGUUUGUAAAAUGAUUUAUGUGUGUAUGUAGGCAACUGUUUUGCAGGCUGACAUUUUGUAUCCACUUUGUAUACCUUGGUUUGCAUACACCUAAACACAGUCUAUAGACAUAUAUUUACAAUUUAGAAAAUCCAAAUCACUUUCAUAUAAAGACAAAUAAUAUUAUGGCUGUCAUGCCAUAUUGCCUGCAUGUUUAUCUUUUCAGGUAAUUUCCAUCAACCUUAAGGCAGUCAUGUUAUAUUUGACUUAAAAACAGGGUGCCAAGAACGUGAGGUUGAUUUAUAGGAUGGUCACCAUGAAUUUUGAAUGUCCUCCCUAUGCUCACCCAAAACAUGCAUCUUAUAUGAAUUAGCAACUCUCAGUUGGUCUGAUGUGAGUCAGCAUGCCCUUUGAUGGACUGGUGUCAUCCAUAGCGAUCAUGUGAUAUGAAAGAUGAGUUAAUGGAGAGAUGGAUUCAGCAGACUAAAAACCGAAAAGCAAUCGCAAUAUUUUUCUUUUAAGCUGCCUAGAGAAGAAAUAAAGUAAUAGUCAAGGCCUGAUCAUUAGAGUUGAGGUCUUUCAUCUUUCAUAAUCUUCCAACAGUCCAGAACAGCCUGCAAAAUGUCUUCCAUGUAUAUGAACAGAUGUGACUUGACUAAAGGUUCUUUGGUUUGGCCUGUUUUCUGACCAUUAUGCAUUAUGCUUUAUGAUUAGGCCCCUAGACUUUUCUGCACAUUAUUCACACCUCAGGACUAGAUAUAUCCUAGUCUGUUGUAUUUUUUAUAUUCAUCAGUGGGGCUUUGAGAGAGAUGAUUCUAGAUAUACCAAAGCAGUGAGAAAAGAGAAUGAACGACUUUCUAAAUACUCUUUAGAUACUUUUCUCACAUUCACUUCUUGUGACUUGCUAUUAAUAAAGCAUAUUGGAGAAGCCAUUUAUUGAAUUUCAGAAACAGAUCUUCAAAAAUACUCGAGAAAAGUAAAAACACCACAAUUCUGUAGAUGGCAUCUUCCUGCAGAAACACCUCAAUACUUAUUAUCAGACAGAAAUGGUGGGAAAAGGUUAACCACUGGUUUACAGAACUUUUUUUUUGUGAAGCACUAGAAUUAUUACAUUUUAAUUUGGAAAACAUCCAAAUAGCUCUCAAGCUAUGCCCUUCAUAUAUUUGUGUUUUGUGGUUUCAAACUUCUCGAUGGGAAAAAAUAUAUGUUAAUAUAUAAAAUAAUCACUGGCUAUUUUGAACAGCAAAAAAUGUUAACACAAUUCUUUUUAUCAUUUCUUUCUGCAGGCAGUAUUAAUUUACCUUUUGCUGUUCAAUAAAAUAUAGUACAAAAUAUUCAAAAGAUUUGUAAAUACAGUUUUUUUUGUAUGGUAUAUGUAUAAUUCAAAGUCCUUCUUAAAAAUGAUUUGUUUAUUUCAUCGCCUACAUAAUGUUUUUCAUGAUUUGCAAGUCACACAUCAAAAGGUCACAGAAACUGCAGAAUUUGUGUUACCUCCGCCAUUGUAAAGAGACACGUCCACUGCCAGACAAAGACUUGUGAUUGACUAUCAUUAGAGGGCUAAACCUCACUACUUAUAAUUUUACUUCUGUGUAAUAUUUUUGUAUAGAAAAAUGGAAAUCAGUCUUUAAAAAUCAUAUUUAUACAUGUUGUAAAGUGAAUAUUGCUAGUAAACACUGUUUUUUUUCCUUUUGCAAAAUGA